UUGUCAGCUGAAAUACAUUCAGGAGCUAGUAAACAAGCCAUACGAGCCGAGAUACUGGCCAGUCCCGUUUUGGAUGGAUACCUUGUGCAUCCCAGUAGGAAAGGAACACACCAAGUCGAGACGAGCUGCAACAACAAGGAUAGCCCAGGCAUUCAGAAAGGCUGACAAAGUCUUGGUGGUAGACGGAUCGUUGCAGCUCUGCCCCCUAGCAGUUCCUGGGUAGAGACACAUAUGCGUCUUCAAUAUUCUCCCUGGAUGACAAGGCUCUGGACAUACCUGGAAGCUAGGUUCUUUCGUAACCUCUAUUUCCAACUAGAAAACGAGGCUAUAUUUGGCGAAAGCUUGGAGCGCGAGCUGGUUCGACCAGAAACUCUAAUCAGAAUAUCGAACACCUUGCGAGAACUGCCUGAGGAAAGGCUUCGGUCCAGCCAGAGUGCCAUCCACUUGAUACGAACCAUAUCUACCGCGCAACCGUCCGAACAUUUAAUACAAUAUGCUGCCAUGCCGCCACAGUCUGAUUAUGAAGAGGAAAAACUCCGCCAGGGGGCAAUUGACCACCUACUCGCCAACAAAGAGUACUAUGCGCUUGAGACUAUCUGGAGACCAUUUUUAAGCAAACUCGGUCUCCUCGACGAUCUAGGCGAUGAUAAUGACGAUAUAACCAGGGUUCAUAUUGAAAUUACUAACAUCUGCCCCGUGAUGAAGCAUGCCUUUAACUCUAUUGCAAGCGUGAGAGGAAAACUAGCCGGGUUGGUCUUCGAGCAGUUGAGUGGCAUGCCUGACAUACGAUUCACUAGGGAAUGGAACAGCGUUGCUAGGCUGUUUGAGGAGAUUUCGAGUGGUUUCAGGGCGAGAACAACCAGUUGGCUGGAUGGCGAGACAGUUUGUGUCGGCACUCUUCUCGGCGUUGAUCUAGCCAAAAUCCUAGAAGUCCAACCGAUGAACUGGUGGUGGCGCAAGCGACUUGACAGGAUCGACUGCCGGAAGUCGCCAUACCCCUUAGUCAGGAGCCUUGGUAUAGACUUUAGUCGGUGGACAGAAGCCUGUCAGAAGCAGCGGAUGAAGAUUUUCCUAUCGCAAGUACAGGAUUUCCCGUUGUCUAUCAUAUUUUGGAACGUACCACGGCUAGGUUCAGAACAAUGGACCUGGGCAUCACGAUCUUUCUUGCACCGAAACACUGGCAGUGAAUAUAGUUUCGUGUUAGGUGUCGCUAAACUUGGAUCAACUGGCCUUGAGGUAACAACUACAGGGUAUAGACUGACCGGAAACAGACUUAUCAUGCUUGCAACGGAACCGACACCAGACGAGUCCCUCAGGCGUGCCUGGCUACACGUUGAGUUCUUGCCCGACGACAACACCAUCACAUCGAAAUCGGCCAGUCGCUUGACUUGGCAAGACUACAUUGACAAGGGAAUCAUAGACAAGUUGGCUAUUCUAUACCGAUCGCAGCUUGGCGUUCUCGUACAAAUCUAUGACACCCGUGAUGGGGUAUACCUAGUACGACACAUACGUCUAGUGCGUGUGACCGCCGAUUCCAAGGAGGAAAACAUGCCCACGGCUUUAGGAACAUGGGUGAGCGGUGGCAGAUGGUGUAUAGCCUAAACAGUAUACGACGCCAUCUCAACCCUAACUAUCGAAAGCAAGGACAGCAAACCACGACCCGCUCUCCAUUCCCACAAGG